GGAUAGAAUUUGAAAAAUCAAACGACAAAUGGAAGGUAAUAAGAUACCCCACCAUAACGAGUCAUUUGUUUCUUGGUUAUGCGGUGCUCAGACCUCAGUAAAGCAAACUCAAAACAAAACAAAAAAGGAGGCAUGUUAACUGUAUGACAACCUCAUAUGGAAAUCUAUCAAACUAUAAAGCCAGUGUCUGAACAAGCACUCAGUGUAACAAAGCUAGAAAAAUGGCUUCUGUUUUCUCUUUACAACCUUUACCUUCUUCUUCUUUCAUUUGUCCACUCAAAACCACAAAGUUUCAAACUUUACAGAGUUUCCAAAAACCAUUCUUGAUAAGUUCAUUUCAGUCAACAGAACUUGACCCAAAAAUACCUCAACCAGUGCAAACAUUUUGGCAGUGGCUAUGUGAUGAAGGGGUUGUAACAGCAAAGACACCUGUAAAACCUGGAAUUGUACCUGAAGGUUUAGGAUUAGUUGCUAAGAGAGAUAUAUCUAAAGGGGAGACAGUUCUACAAGUACCUAGAAGGUUAUGGAUAAACACAGAUGUAGUUGAAUUAUCUGAACUUGGGAAUGUGUGUUCUGGAUUGGAACCUUGGAUUAGUCUUUCUCUUUUCUUGUUGAGGGAGAAAUGGAAAGAUGAUUCCAAGUGGAAAUAUUACAUAGGUGUUCUUCCAGAGUGUACUGAUUCCACUAUAUAUUGGUCUGAAGAGGAGCUCUCUGAGAUUCAAGUCCUAUCAUUUGCAGGGACUCAACUUUUAAGCGAAACAAUGAGUGUGAAAGAUUAUUGGCAAAAUGAAUUUAGAAAAGUGGAAGAAGAAGUCAUACUUCGUAACAAGCAGCUUUUCCCUUUUCCUAUAACCUUGGAUGAUUUCUUCUGGGCAUAUGGAAUACUCAAAUCAAGGGCCUUUUCCAGUAUUGGGAGUCAAAAUCUAAUGCUGGUCCCCCUUGCUGACCUGGUAAACCACAGUGCCAAAGUGGCCACAGAAGGUCAUGUCCAAGAAGUUGAGGGACCAGCAGGUCUGUUCUCAUGGGAUUUGUUAUUUUCUCUUCGAAGUCCAUUAGAACUGAAGGCUGGCGACCAGUUUCUAGUCCAAUAUGGCUUGAACAAAAGGAAUGCUGAUCUCGCUUUUGGCUAUGGCUUCAUCGAACCAAAUUCAGCUCGGGAUGCAUUUACAUUAACAUUGGAAAUAUCAGAGUCCGACGAUUUUUAUGAGGACAAGCUGGAUAUAGCAGAGUCAAAUGGCCUAGGAAAAACUGCUGAGUUUAAUGUAAAACUUGGACAAUCUCUCCCGCCUACUCUGAUUCCAUAUCUAAGGCUGGUUGCCCUUGGUGGAACUGAUGCUUUCCUACUGGAAUCGAUUUCCAGAAAUGAUGUUUGGGGUCAUCUCGAGUUGCCUGUCAGCAGAGCAAAUGAAGAGCUCAUAUGUAAAGUCGUACGAGGUACAUGCAAAUCUGCACUUUCUGGCUAUCACACCACAAUUGAAGAGGAUGAGAAACUGAUGGAGAAAGGGAACCUCAGUUCAAGGCUUCAGAUAGCUGUUGGCAUAAGAGCCGGAGAGAAGAAGGUUCUACAGCAAAUCGACGAUAUCUUUGGAGAAAGAGAACUAAAACUAGAUAAAUUAGAAUACUACCAAGAAAGGAGGCUUAAAGAUCAAGUAACUCUCUGCUGACCUUAUGAUCACUCUAGUUGAGUUAUACACCUUGGACUACAGACGCAAAGGCAUAUCCAGAAUUUAAAAUAUAUGGGUUUCUAUAAUAACCUCAAGUUAAAUAACUGGGUUCACAUUCAAAUACUUUUAAAUAUUUAGUAGGCGUUUGGCCAUGAAAACCAAAUAUUUUUCACUUUAUCUGAUAUUUUGGAAUUGGAGUUGAAGUUGAAGAUGGAGUUGUGUUUGGUUAUAGUUUUUGCACAAAAUAUUUAAUUGUUUGAAUGUAUUGAAAGUGAAAACAAGUUUUUUGGUGUUUUCCAAAUUCCAAAUACAACUUCAAGUUGUAUUUGGAAUUUUCAUGGCCAAAUGUUGAUUUCCAAAUAAAGUGAAAACGUUUUCCGGAAAAAAGUGAAAAAAUUCCAUGGCCAAACAGGUCCUUAAUGGAUAUUUUAAUACAUAAAAAGCCUUUGCACAAAAGCUAUUGAGUUCUCCUGAAUACUCAUAUACCACUCUAGAUCCACCACUGUUCAGAGGUUGCUUUUAUCUGAUGUAAAUAAUAUGAAAGACCAGUUUUUUAUUGUCUUCUUGUGAAAUCCUCAACAGAAGGAGAAAACUAGAAAAAACAAACUCAGAAUAUCUCAAGGAUGAGCAAAGCUGUUAUUUUUUGACAAAAAAUUCUGUCGCUUCAUUUC